GCUGUUAGUUUCUCUGUCUUCUCUGCUCUCUUCCGUGGUGCGAUCGGCAAAGCCCCUGCUCCGUCGCAGCAGCAGCACCAGAGAGUUCGCGACCCAACGCGGGAGAGAGAUCUCCCCGUGGCAUCUAUCGCCGCUCUGAUCCCAUCCCCCGCCCCGCGAUCCGAUCUCUUAUAUUAGAAGCUGGAGUCCGUCCAAGAAACGCCGCAGCCCUUGAAGCCGUCGCCGAGCAACGGGCAGAUCCGGUACCGGUCGCCGUCCGCCACCGAGCUGAUCCCGGCCCUCGGCGACGCCGACGCGAAGAUGAAGCAGCGGGCCGCCGCGCUCCGGCAGGAGCCCCUAGCCGACAAGAUCCACCGCUACCGCGGCGCCAUCCUCGUUGUCUCCAUCCCCCUCCUUCUCGUCUCCUUCGUUUUCUUCCUCAUGCCCCGCUCCCCCGCUACCCCCCUCCUCUCCGCCGGCCGCAAGACCGUCCCCGGCGGCGGCGGCGCUGCGGCGGACGCGGGAUCCAAGAGCUACGCGGUCAUCUUCGAUGCCGGGAGUUCCGGGAGUAGGGUUCAUGUCUACUGCUUCGAUGAGAAGUUAGAUCUGCUUCACAUCGGGGAGGAGAUCGAGCUCUUCAUACAGAUAAAACCAGGCUUGAGCGCCUUUGCUAAAGAUCCACAGGAAGCUGCAAAUUCACUAAUUCCUCUUCUGGAUAAAGCUGAAAGUGUAGUUCCUGCUGACUUGCGAGAGAAAACACCUGUCAGAGUUGGGGCGACUGCAGGGCUGAGAGCUUUGGGAGCUGAAACAUCUGAAAAAAUUUUGCAAGCGGUUAGGGAUCUUCUUAAAGGCAAGAGCUCACUUAAAUUCCAGGACGAUUGGGUGUCUGUUCUUGAUGGAGCUCAAGAAGGCGCUUUUCAGUGGGUUACUAUAAAUUAUCUGUUAGGGAAUUUGGGAAAGACAUACUCAGACACUGUUGGAGUGGUUGAUUUGGGAGGAGGGUCUGUUCAAAUGGCUUAUGCUAUCUCUGAAGAGGAUGCUGCAAAAGCCCCAAAAGUUACAGAUGGAGAGGACACGUAUGUGAAGCAGUUGUUUCUUAAAGGAACCAAAUAUUACCUAUAUGUUCACAGUUACUUGCAUUAUGGUCUAUUGGCUGGUCGAGCAGAGAUUUUGAAGGCUGGAGACGAUUACAGUACUUGCAUUUUGAAUGGUUAUCGCGGGAAAUACAAAUAUGGGGACGAGGUAUACAAAGCAUUAGCUGCACAUUCUGGAGCUAGCCUUUCUAAGUGCAGGAGUGAUGCUAUUAAAGCUCUCAAAGUUGAUGGACGAGUAUGUACACACAUGAAGUGUACAUUUGGUGGUGUAUGGAAUGGUGGAGGUGGAGCUGGGCAGAAAAAUCUAUUUGUGGCAUCCUUUUUCUUUGAUAGGGCUGCUGAGGCUGGUUUUAUAGAUCCCAAGGUGCCAGUAGCAAAGGUUAGACCUUCAGAUUUUGAGGAGGCUGCGAAGCGUGCUUGCAAGUUGAAUGUUGACGAUGCCAAGACUACCUAUUCUCACGUUUCUGUGGAGAACCUUCCCUUUUUGUGCAUGGAUCUUGUUUACCAAUACACCUUACUCGUGGAUGGGUUUGCGCUGGAUCCACAUCAAGAGAUCACACUGGUGAAGCAGGUGCCGUAUGGGGAUGCCUUCGUCGAGGCAGCAUGGCCGCUGGGUAGUGCGAUUGAAGCUGCAUCAGCAGUGUAAAGGCAAUCUUACGGGAAAUAGCCUUUGCAAUGGUUUCAGAUAUUGGUGGUUCUGUGGCUCUGAUUUUGCUGGCAAACAAUAAUGAGAAAGCUCUGCCAAUAUUGUCUUUCCUGCUGCUUUAGGAUUCCAGUUACGCUGCAGUUAAGGAGAGAUGGCUGUCGCAAUUUUGCAUUAUAAUUGAUUGGUUUUCCAUUUGUAACUGAGAAAGAUGCAUUUUGACACACAUAUUCUUUGCUGAUAGAGUUCUUCCUAUUCUUAUGCAGCCCUUAAAUGACAUUUGAUGAUUAUUUGUGAACAUUGUUACAAUUACAUAAUUAUCAAAAUUGAUAUUGGUUCA